ACUGGUUGGUAGCGGUCAUGGAUCGGAGAACAUGUCAGUGCAAAAACAGAAAUGUGAAUCCCCUUAAAAAGACAUUUUCGCGGGCUCUCAAGAAAAGCUGCCAGGAGUAUUUUAAGUGCUGCUGCAGUGAAACUGAGAAACUGAGAAGUGACAUGGUCCUCGUUAAAAAUGAGCUGGAAAAAGCGUAUGAAGUAAUUGCCGAGAUGGAAUUCGAGCUAGAUAGCGUGGACUUACUGGCUCUCCAAAAUCAUUGGCUGCGCGAUGAACUGGUGAAACUUAAAGCGCAGGAAGACGCUGUGAUGCCAAGGGUCGAGGAGGAGGAUCCAGCAUCCCGACGGGGGCGUCGCAGUUAUCGGCAGCAAGUUUCUGCGGGAAUGUUGGAUCCCCUGCUUAAAAGCCCAUCCCAAGAGCAGCGAUUCGGAGUCAUUCUAGAUUAGGUUUAAUGCCAACUGCAUACACAUUACCAUUAAAUAAGCCAAACGUGAUUAUUUAGCAUGCCAUAAACCGCUUCUGAUAGCAAUUUGUUAUCAUUAUUGCCAUCCUCCAUAAAUGUUUAAGUGUGAAUCACAGAAUUUAAAGGUGCGAAAAGUCUAAUUCAGCUUCCCACAUGUGUGAGAAAUACCUUCGCACCUCACAAGUUCUCUCCCUAUCAAACCAGCCUUCAAUGUAUACCAUACUUUUCGGUGCUGCUAAAUAUAUUAGCACCAUUUGUUUUGGCCAUGUG